GCAUUUGCAAACAGUGUAAAUAAACAACAAAAUAUACUAGUUAAAUAUGGUUAGAACAAAACAGACGGCAAGAAAACCAGUAUGUCCAAUCUGCCGAGGGUACACGACAUCCAAGGAAUUCAUUGCACAUGUUCGUCAGUGUGAAGAAAAUCACUCCUGCACAAAAUGUAACAAAAUGUUCAAGAAAACUGUGUAUCUCAAAAAGCAUAUGUCAAGGGUUCACGCUGAAGUAAAGGCUCCCACAGAAACAAUUCAGAUUGACAAAACAAAGAAAACACAGGAACCGUUAAACAAACCCUCAGAGAAGCAAAGCACAUCAAGAGAUGAGUCGUCGGAUAAUGAUUACGAAUUAAUGGAUUUGAAGAACAAACCGUCAGAGAAGAAUAUGUCAGAGAUCCCAAGUACAACAAAAGACGAGUCCUCUGAUAGUAAUUAUGAUUUUAUGGAUUUUGCUCCAGAUAUAGAGAUAGGUGAAUUAGAGGACAGAGAAAGCACAGAUGAAAGUAAGUCAGAUGAUGAAUCUGAGAACGAAACAACUGAAAACCCAGAAGAAAAAAAUCCGAACACGAGAAAACAGAACUGAAUAUACCAGUAAAGAAACAACCUGAAGUAGGGUCAAAGGACAAGGAAGAAGAAAAGGAGUCCGAAGAGAAUGGACCCAAAGAAGAUAACAGAGUGGUACAGGACAUACGGACAGGUAGAAUCUUCAGAAAACAGACAAGACCUAUUUCGGUACUGACACCAAAGAGGAAGGCUGAUCAGAAGAUAGAGAAUGACCAGUCAAAGAGGAUCAAAGCCACAGAAACACAGACAUAUGAAAUUUCACAUGUGUUACUGAAAUCCACUGAAACGCAAACUGAGAAUACAGAAAUAGAUAAAGAGGAACACAAGAGUAAAGAUGAAGAUAGGUCGGAGUUAAAGAAUGAAUGCCGCUAUUGCCAAAUAUACUUUAAGGAUUCUGUCUUGUUAAAUCUUCACUUGGGUAUUCACACUGUGAAUGAUCCAUUUAAGUGUAAUAGA